GAAGAAGUUGCUGGAAGUUAACCAAUUAUACCUGAAGCUCCUUUUCUUGUAGGAUGACCGCUAGAAUGACAAUCAUAUUGCCCUUGGCAGUGGCUUUGAUCUGUCUGCUGCAGGCUGAACCAGGAAUGGGAGCAAAUAGUCAUAUCAGGACGGUUCUGAAGCUCUUCCGGACCAUCGAUCUGGACGGUUCGAAGAAGAGCUUCUACCUUACCGCGGCCAAGUACGGCAUCCAGAAGCAGCUUCGCGAACCGAUCAUCCGAAUCGUUGGAGGUUUUUUGCCAUCCACUAAGAUGUCGGAAGCAUGCGUGAAGAAUAUGAUUGCCGAUGUAUACGACAUAGAGGGUGAAUUUUACGCCAAGUUCAGCUACGCGUGUGAAAACCACGAUCCGUACUCAGUCGAAUGCCUGGAGGACGCUAGGGACGACUACCUCACCAAGCUGGUGGAGCUGUUCAACGAAACGAAGAAUUGUUUGCGGGAAUAAGAUGGGGAAUGUGAAAUGCUAUAGAGAAGAUGAAAUAAAAAACUUUCUGCAAAGCAC